AUGGACUUGGAACUCCUUGCCGUGCAUGUGCUUUGUCCGGCCAUAACUGUUGCUUUUUUCCUAAGUCUUCUCAUUCUCUUCUUCAAGCUUUGCAGCCAAUGUUGGAGGAUGUGGCACAAUCUCGAUGAUCAGGAAGAUCAAGGCGGCAACAACAUGAUCAACGGUCAUGAUCAUCAUCAUCAUGGGAAUCAUGAAUUAGUUGGAGUGAGCAUUUAUUACCCUCCUCGAGCAGAUAAUCAAGAACGAGUUCACCCAAACAACAUGGAGCUUUUCUUGAGAUUAAGGGAUGGAUUGAGCAGAAAUAAUCCUACGAGAGUGAUGAGGCAACAAAGACAUCAAACCUUAAAGAGCCUCCCGCCGCCGGAAGAUUACGACAGCUACAAGAAAACCAUGUUCAUUAGCAGCACUGAAUGCGCCAUUUGCUUGGAAGAGUUUCACAGUGGAGAUUUGUGUCGGGUUCUUCCUCUCUGUAAGCAUAUCUACCAUUUUCGGUGCAUCAAUCGCUGGUUAAUGGAUGAUCUUACUUGCCCAAUAUGUCGAACUUCUGUCUGA